AUGACGUCAACGAAGCGUGACAAGCCACUGCGCGAGCUGGUCGAGGACCUGCGCCGCUCGCUAGCUGUCUCGGACGCGCGCAACAUCGGCCUCGAGCUGCGCGCCCAGCAGCAGCUCGAGGAGCCCACCAUGGGCCGCUCAGCUGAGAGCGACGCGCCCGCGGUGAGGGCCAUCGAGGCCGAGACCAAUCGCUCCCUGAGCGAGGCGCAGCGCAACUUUGACGCGCUGAUCCGUGAGCUGCGCGCCAUCAGCGAGCCGCGCGCACCCUACCACCCUGAGCUCUCGCUGGAGGACGAGCUGGAGCGCACGCACGAGGCGUUGCGGCUCACGCAGUCGGACCUGGAGCGCUCGCGCGCGGCCGUGUGCGGCGCGCGCGGCACACUGCGCGGCAAGGAUCGCCAGGUGCUGCUGGCGCGCCAGGACCUGAUGGCCGCCGAGGCGGCCGCCGCCAGGACGCGGGAUGAGGUGAAGCUGCUGCAGAGCGAGCUGCAGGCGAGCCAGCACCAGCUGGAGAUGGAGCGGCUGGCGCACGGGCGCGCCGACCACCAGCUGGACUGGACUCGAGCCCAGCUGGCUGAGCGGCAGACGGCGCUGGAGGAGGGCCGCACCGCGCUGCGCAACCUCCAUCAGUCCAGUGGCUAA